AUGCCUCAUACAGGUCAAGUUGGGGUAAAUCAGCUGGGUGGCCAUUUCGUGAAUGGAAGACCACUUCCGGACUGCGUGAGACAGCGAAUCGUGCAACUUGCCCUCGUUGGCGUGAGACCGUGCGACAUUUCCCGACAACUUUUGGUGUCGCACGGCUGCGUCUCGAAGAUCCUCACGCGUUUCUACGAGACCGGAAGCAUACGACCCGGCAGCAUCGGAGGAAGCAAGACGAAGCAAGUGGCGACGCCCACCGUCGUCAAGAAAAUCCUGCGCAUGAAACAGGAACAACCCACGAUGUUCGCCUGGGAGAUUCGCAAGCAGCUCGCUAGUCAGGGCGCCUGCGACCCUCAGAACCUGCCUUCGGUGUCAUCGGUGAAUAGGAUUCUAAGAGGUGGAGGUUUGCACACGGAACAUCCCGCGAUGGAUAGCGGAUCCUCCAGCAGCUAUCAAUCGCAGAUCCCUGGGAAUUUGAGCGCCAGAGAAGCUCUGAUGAGGACGGACUAUCAGCUGUUCUAUUCCGGAAGUCUGGGGCCUCUGCACAUCUCGACCACUUCCGGAAGCGGCGGGCCGCCAUCUUGGAACUCUAGCUUUUACUCCUCCUUGUAUCAAGCCACGACUUUGCAUCUGCAUAACGGGAUGCAGUCCUUCAACUCGUUGGACCCCGAGCGUCUCUCGGAGCAGCAGAAUGGACAGAGUCAGGUGGACCUGAAGUCCAGUUCGAGUUCCAUGGCUGGAAGCGACGAUUCCUUGGAUAAGAGCGACCUCGAGGAGAACACCGAGUCCCAGGACAAUUUCAAGUCCUACCAAAAUUCCCCGAUCAUUCUUGAACUCGGCCAAAAGAUCGGCAGCGACCGGAGCGCCUUCGUCAGGCACGGGACCCCGAAUUCUGGGGGGAAUUUCGAAAAUUCCCGCCAAAGUCCACCCGUCGACGGGGCCGGCCGUGAUCUCGACAGGAGGAGAAUUCUGGAAGCGGGGAAAGAACGCAACGCCCCUAAUGAAUCCGCGUCAGAAAACGAGCCUGCUCAGCCUCCGAGGAAAAGAAAUCCUUACUCCAUCGAGGAGCUCCUUAAGAAGGACGAGAGCAAGGCCACCACCAAGAGGCCAAGGCUGACCAACACCGGGGUGGUCCAGCCUUGCGGAAUCAUCCUCACUAAGGGCAUUUGA